AUGAGUUCCAUUACUGUCAAAUUAUACGGAGGUGCGAUAACUUGUAGACUUCCUCCUGCGUUCCAGGAUUUGAGCUUGUAUGUUCCGGUCCCGGACCAUCAGGAAGUAUACUUACAACACAUUGGAAGUACUAAUACAUCUACACAGUCAGAUUGUGUACUAACUUUUGAGAUUCUUCAGUACCUCGAAGGCAUGGAUGAUCUCUCCGCAGGAAGUCAUCUCUUCCAAGAUCUCUCAGUGUGUAACGAGGCCAGAAGAUCACAAAUAUGCACCUGUAAGGUCGUUGGAGACGUUAACAUUGGGUUAUCUACCUACUCCAGAGCUAUUAUUGCCACUGGAAAUAUGAACGUAUCUAGAAGAAAGUUCAAAACAGAUGAAUCAUGGGAGGAUGUCUCAGUUUUAAUGUAUAUUCUCAGAAUUCCAAGUUUGUUGUACAUAUUUACACACUCGCUACAGAACACAAUUCCGAAUUUUUGGUUACAUACACAUUCCCUGCUAGUGAGAAUGCCUCAGAACAGGAACUUUUGUUCGAAUCAAUCGUAA